GAGGAGGGGGGGGGCUGAACUGCAAAUUUUGGAGCGCAGACUCGUCAGUGCGCGCACUUCUGCUGUCAGCUGCGGUCGGAUCCUCUGCGCCUCGCAAGAUGAGCUCCUUCAGCACCAGGGCUCUGACGCUGCUCUCCUCGGUGUUUGGCGCCUGCGGCCUGUUGCUGGUGGGUUUGGCCGUGUCGACCGACUACUGGCUGCUGAUGGAGGAGGGCAUCGUGCUCCAGCAGAACCAGACCAUGGAGGUGAAGAUGGGCCUCCACUCGGGCCUCUGGAGGGUCUGCUUCGUGGCAGGGCCGGAGAAGGGCAGAUGUGUGGCGUCCGAGUACUUCACCGAGCCAGAGAUCGAGAUCACCACGGAGAACACGGCCAACAUCCUCAAAAUGGUUCGGACCGCGACGCCCUUCCCCAUGGUGUCGCUGCUCUUCGUCUUCACCGCCUUCAUCAUCAGCAACAUCGGACACAUCCGACCACAGAGGACGAUCCUCGCCUUCGUGUCCGGAAUCUUCUUCAUCCUGUCAGGUCUCAGUCUGGUGGUGGGUCUGGUCCUCUACAUCUCCAGCAUCAACGAUGAAGUCAUGAAUCGACCCCGAGAACCCGAACAGUUUUUCCACUAUCACUACGGCUGGUCCUUCGCCCUGGCUGCGUCUUCCUUUCUGCUGAAGGAGGGAGCAGGAGUGAUGUCCGUCUACCUCUUCAUGAAACGCUACGCCGAAGAGGAGGUCUACAGGCCCCACCCGGCUCUCUACCGCCCCCGCAUGUCCGACUGCAGCGACUUCAGCGGCCAGUUCCUGCACCCGGACUCCUGGCCUCCUCCGCAGCGCGGACGCAGCCCGUCCGACGUCUCCUCGGACAUCUCCAUCCAGCUCACCCAGACCCCGCCGCCACAGCCUCCGUCCAAAGGCGGGGCCAGCGGGCGACAGACCCCUUCCUCUUCCUCCGGCCCUUCGUCGGCCGCCAGUUAUCCGCUGCAGCCCGUGUCCUCCUCGUCCACCUCCUCCUCCUAUCCUCACCCUCUCCAUCCCAGCUCCACCCUUCAGAGGGCCUCGCACGUGCACUCUCAAGCCGCCGGACCUCCCCAGUCCCUACCGAUGGUGGCGCCCCCUGCUGCUGUUCCGCCUCCACACUAUCACACGCACAUGAGGAUGAGCGCCUCGCCCUGCUAAACCAGGCCGGCAGAGACCAAAAACUGAAGCACAUGCGCUGGUACCUGUUGGAGCAACGAGGGAGGAUAUAAAACAUCUGUUGCUGGAGGGAUACAGUCGUGAAGGGGCACUUUCUGAAAUUUAUUUCAAAAAGAACAAGAGGCUGAGCCUGGAUUUUUGAGACUGAAGUGGCAAGGAAGUGCCAUGUCAGUCAUGAUGGGCUGAUGAAGCUUCAUGAAACACCGUCUUCAUUUUCAGCGCCCACUAAAUGGCGCCCUCUGCUCCACAAUCCUUAGAGAUGAACAACCAUUUCAAAGUCAACUCAAAUCAUUUUUAGACCGAGAGCGCCAUCUACUGAGCUCCGAAAAUGAGGACGCUGUUUCAUGAUGCCUCAUCAUGUAAGGGUGCGCCCUGUGAGGCUUUUGUUGAAAUGAAAACAUGCUGAUUCGGCCAAUACAUUGCAAGCCUUAGAAUUACCUUAAAACAGUGAUGGGUUGAUGAGGCUUCAUGAAACAGUGUCCUCAUUUUCAGAGCUCAGUUGGUGGCGCUCUUGAUUUUUAAAAUGAAGGUUGCACAAAUCCAAAGACUUUAGAGGAUGGAGCCAUCUAGUGGGCUUUUGCGAACGAGCAUAGUGUUUCAUGAAGCCUCAUAACAAAUUAUACGCUGUUUUUAUAGCUUGCAAAUUAUUGGAUGAAUCAGCAUGUUUUCGUUUCAGCCAACUGUAUAGGUUCAAUCACACUAAGAGACAGAUAAGUGGCGAAGCUUCAUGAAGCCUCAUUAUCCAAGCCCAGUAUUCGUUUCUUUAGCUUUGGGGGACUAGUUUACUGAAAAUAUCGUCUUUGAACAAAGAGCCCCACCUACUGGGCUGUUAAGGGGUAGACAAUGCUUCAUGAAGCUUCAUCAGCCCACUGUAAAUUUUCAGUCCGCACAAGAUGACUUCAUAAGCUUUGGCUAUGAGGGACUAUUUUACUGUUAACUGGCAUCAUGUUGGGGCCGAGAGCUCUUCCUACUGACGUGUGAUGUAGGGGGCGCUGCUUCAUGAAACUUUAUGAAGCGCCAAAGGUUUUUUAGCAGGGACAAAUGUAGCCAGAAGGUUUCUCAUUAAACGCACAAUACCAACAAGACAGAUCACAUUUCCUCAGACCAAGCUUUGGAACUUUCUUUCAACACACACCAGGGAGGUUUGGGGAGCAAGAACGAGACCCUCCAUGGUUACUCAGACCCCGACCAUGACUGUGUGACAGAUGCUGUGUUGGAGGAACAAUCCUGAAGAGGAGUGUCUACAGACUCAAACAUGCAUUCUAGAAUCGCAUGCUUCAUCAGGACUUCCAUCAGAGCAUGAGGACCACCGUACCUACAGCCGUUGUUCUCCAGAGGAGCGUUCUUGUGGACAAGUCUGUGUCUGAAGUGAUGGGACAAGGACAUGAUCUCAGCUCCAACAUAGAGAUUAAAGAGACCAAUUUUCAUAUCAACUUUAAAUCCCACUUGUGGGUCCAUGAACUCGGAGAAAAGCUUCUCACUUUUCUUCCACCAGAGACUUGAAGUCGUAAUGAUGUGCUGGUGAAGCUUCAUGAAGCUGUGAUACAUUCCAGAGCCCUGUAGAUGGCACUGUCUGCUCUAUACGCUGUAGCUACUUAACUGAAACAUUGCUGACAAACAGAGAGCGCCACCUACGCAGCUCAGGAAACGAGGCUUCACGAAGCUUCACCAGCCCGUCUCACCUGGCCUCCUGUUGUUUGGGGGGUUCCUCUGGAGCAGGAAGGGUGUAAAUAAUUAGAAAAGAUACUUUAAAGAAUUGAAUUAAAAACAAUCGCAGUGUGUCAAUCGUCGUUGCCUCGGAAGCUACCAGGUCGGGAAGGUCCUUGAGCAAGGCACUAGAACCAGAGGCAAGCUCCCUGUUCAUGUGGCUCCGGCUCGGCGAGGCUCGUAUCGCUUCCAUCUCCACGAUAAACGCCACGAUAAAUGUAGCCAGAAAAACCUGUGAGGAACCGACUCAGUAGCGUCCGCUGGCGUUUGUAGCGGAGCUUCACGGUUGAGUGUGAGGACAGUGUGUAGCAAAGCAGCGAACUGUCAGCAUCUUUCAUUUCCGCCGUCGCCGGCGGCUGUGACUUCGCCAUUCGUUUCUCCUCAGUAUUCGCCAAGGCCAAUUUUCUAUGCUUUCCUUUCAGCGCUAACCAACUGUUGUAAAUACACUUUCUCUGUAUCUACUGUACUUGUUUACAGGAUUCUUUCAAUCCAAUAUCAGCUAUUUAUUCAACAUGUGCUGGUUUUAUUUAUCGCUGCUGUGAUUUAUGUUUGGACUAAUAAAGCUUCCCAGCCUCGGAGCAGCUCUUCAUGGUUUCAGGAAGUGAAUGGGGCGUAGUUUCCCAUAAGAACCAGCUGGUGGCAGCAGACUCUAAAGUAGGAAGACAAGUAGGAUUGUACGACAUGUAAUCCUCCUCCUUUUUUAUGGUGGCGCUGUGUCAGCUCUGGGAGGGAACCGAGGUUAGUGGCAGGGUCACCAGGCAGUGAGGAGGCUCAACUGAGGUUCAGAGAUACACUUCUUAUAAACCACCACUGAACCCUGACCCCGGGGUCGAGGGGGGGUGGAGUCUGUCCAACAGGAGCCAGAGAUGCUUCCCCCACAUUUGGACCCGCUGAGUCACUUUCCAGCCGCGACGGGUCGGCGAGGGGGUGGAAGUGUUGGCUCCCUCUGGAGGGACGGCCUGUUCACUCACUUUGCUGAUUCAUACUUCGGGCAGAGCCGUUUGUAAUCUGCUGAAUAUUGAUGACUCACGGCUCCGACCAGUCUGAGUGGAAGGAGGCGACGCUCCCUUCCAUGGAUGCCAUCCCUCGCUGCUUCAGCUUCAUCCU